AAGCGACGCCACGAGUGGUCCUCGUGUCAGGCGCGGGCCAAGGAAAGGUAAAAGCACGCUAGCUGGACAAUGGCAGAGAAACAAACUGACUUAAGCCCGGUCAAGAAACGACUCCGCCCUGAGAAAGAUGGGGAAGGUAAAGCAGGCUCUUUAUUAGCAACAGCCCAGCUGAAUAAAGUGCUGCGGGAGUCUGCAAGGGAGAAAAUAGUGUUUGUUCAUGGCAAGAUGGGAAAGGAUGCAGAUAAUGAAGGAAAAGAUGCUGUCAUUAUUCUGGAGAAAACACCGUUUAAAGAGUCGACCCUUUCUGAGCUCCUUAAUAAUCAUACUGAGCUACGUCUCCAGAUGCAGAAUGACAUCUACAGCACAUACCAUUUGUACCCACCACCACACCUGAGCGAGAUAAAAGCGACUGUGGUGUAUCCAGCAACGGAGAAGCACAUCCGCAAAUACCUUUGGCAGGAGCUGUACCUCAUUCAUGAGAGUGGAGAUGAUUACAGGAAUAUAACUCUCCCUUAUAUCGAAUCGCAGAGCUUCAGCAUACAGUGGGUAUAUAACAUCCUGGAGAAAAAGGCAGAAGCAGACCGGAUAAUCCAUGAAAAUCCUGAUCCUGAGAAUGGCUUUGUACUUAUUCCAGAUUUUAAAUGGGACCAAAAACAGAUGGAUGACUUGUACUUGAUAGCCAUUUGUCACAGAAGGGAUUUGAAGUCACUGAGAGACCUGACGUCUGACCACAUUCCUCUGCUGAAAAACAUCCUACAGGAAGGGCGAGAGGCAAUACAGAGGAAAUAUAAUAUGCGUGAGAACCAGCUGAGGAUUUACUUCCAUUACCAGCCAUCUUAUUAUCAUUUGCAUGUGCACUUCACUGCUUUGAGUUACGAUGCACCAGGCUGUAGUGUGGAGCGGGCCCAUCUCCUUUGCGAUGUCAUCCAGAACCUUGAGUUGGACCCUAAUUACUUCAAGAAUCGAACUCUAACCUUUGUUGUCAAGGCUGAUGAUCUUCUUUUACAAACAUUCAAGGAUGCUAGGAAGGCUUAGUUCAUGAACAGUUUUUCCAUUUUCUAUUAGUAAUCGAGUUUUGUUUAUAAUGGUUUUUACUACACAGAGAUAAACUAAGUAUUAAAGGCAGACUCCUUUUCAUAGUA